GAGUAACAAGGAUCAAGUAUAAAUAUAUAUUUAUUUGGUCAGUAUUUUUAUUAACUAAUGAUAAGUAUUUUAUAAAACAAAUGGUCGGUAUAUAUGAUUAUUUUGAUCAGUAUAAAUAAUCAAGUGUCACGUUUGUGUCAAAGUUGCGUCACUGAUAUUACGUACUGAUUCUUUAUUAUAAAUAUUGAUUAUUUAUUUAAAAUAUUAAUCAAAUGUUGAAAAAUACCGAUUCAAUAGAUAGUAGCCAUUUAAAUUGAGCGCUAUUUCACGAGCAGUCAAGGAGGUUACUCAACACGGACGAUGGCAGGCUCAGUUAUCAAACUUGUUUACCAUCCUACGUAAGUUUCCUGGUGCGUCGUGUGGAGAGGGAAAAGAGGAAAAAGAGGCAGUCGGCUCGUGGCUGUGCCUGGGACGAUUAAGUUAAACGCGUUGAACGUGUCAGUAGAAACGCAAACGUUACGCGAUAAAGUUUUCUCGCUCGUGUUACUUAUUUUUUCAAAGAGUAGUUGCUGAUGCGGGUGUUGUGUCGGAAAUGUCGAUCUUUCGCAACGAAGUGACUACGUUAGGACAUGUUUUAUCAACAUGUGUUCAUAUUUUCACGAUGACAGAUAAUAAAACGUGCUGUAACAAGUGUGAUAUAACAAUUUCGAAAGGAUUCUAAAUUUACGAGCUUACUUUUGUUUUCAACCAGAAAAAAAAAACGGAUGAUACGAGUUUAUUAAGUGAUCUUGAACGACUCAGUUACGUCUUUAUCUUUUGACCUUCUUCGCGAGUCACAUAUUUUAAUAACAGUGUGUUUUUUUGCGAAUAUAAUCCUGGUUGCCCUUAUGUUGCUGUGUUAUUGUCGACUCAAGGAUAUUUUUCUUACAAGUAUUGUAUACGAGUUACGAAAAAGUUCGAAAGACAUAGGUGAAUUGACAUACGUGUAUGAAUCAUCGGUUUAACGUUCUGUUGUAUCUAUCGUUUGAAAUGAAAAAUUUCCAUUCAUAUAUAUGUGUAUAUAUAUGUAUAUGUAUGUAUGUAUAUAUUCAUUUGAAUCUUUAAUUAAAACCGAGUAGAAUUGUUUCUUCCAAGGAAAGAAAAUAUUUGAAUUUCAAGAACGUAGAAAAUUUGUGAUUUCUGGUUUUAUUUCGGGCUAGUUAUUAUUUUCUCGUGAAAUACGAUGGAAAUUGUGUUCUAGGAAAUAGUAACUUUACGUUGAUCACGAAGAUAAUAAAUUAAAGAGUGAAAACGUGUUUAACACGAUAGAAAUGUGAGUUGGAUCGAUUGGCAAAGUAAAUAAGUUGAGGAAUCAGAUAGAGAUAUACGUAACUAAGGAUUAUUUUGAUAUCUCUUCUAAACAGAUAACUUCUUUUUUCCGAUCAAAUUGGAUAGAAACAAAAAAGGCAGAGUCAACAAUUUCUCUACAUUUUCGAAAAGAUCUAUUUCUAUUCGAUCGAAAGAUUAUUUUCGUUUGUUAAAAAAAAAAAAAAAGAAAAAAAAAGAAAGAUAAUAAAACAUGGAUGACCCGAAGAAAAAGGACACCGAUACAUAUUCAUCGAAGGAAGUGUCGAACGAAAAAGAGUAUGUUAAAAACUCGAGGAAUAUCGAUUCGGAAACGAAGGUGAAUCGUCUGCUUUUGGACAAUGAUUCUGAAAGUAAUUUUUAUAUUGAUCUGAAAAAAGAUUCUGAAGAGAAAAUUCCUUCGAUGGGAACCUCGAAGGAUGAUUCUAAGGUUAAGCACGAGGAAACUUCGAUAGUAGUAGAUCCAUUGGUGAUAGCAUCGUCCUCGAUUAGGAAAGUGAGUAUGGAAAAGGAAAAAAAAAUCGAGAGACAAAAAGAAAAGAGAACAAUAGGCGCAUUGAAAAGUUCGAUAGAUAAGAAAUUAGUUUCCGUUGAAAAAAAGCUCGAGGAUCGAGUCGAAAAAAUAUGGGAGGAUAACAUCGAAAAGCAUCCGUGGUUGAUACCUAUCGAGAAUUGGAUCAUCGAUCGAUGCAAAUCCGACACGAACGAUAAAUCUCAUUUUAAAAAGACUCAAGAGACCAGUCUCAAGGACACGGCUUACGAAUUUAAAUUUACUGUGGCCGAGGGAGACAACGAGGAGCCAAAAAUCGAAAGCGUAUUGAAGGAAAGACCAAAAAGGAAAAUACGAAUGGCUUCGCCGAAAUUACAACGAUCUUCUGUCGAUGAACAAACCGUAAUUUCACAUUUGCAAAAUCUGGAAAAACCUUUUCGAUCGCACAGUGCCGAGGAUGUAUCCGCUAUUGGGAAUAGGCUUACAGAUUCGGAAGGGAUUUUAAGGUUGAAAGAAAUCAAGCCGAAUAAUCCUUUGUUUGAUAGAUUGGUGGAUAAUUUUAAAGAAAAAAUGGAAGACAUACACAGGUACUUUCAGAAAACCAAUCGAUUGGCGGACGUGAAUAGAAAACUAAAGUCGCAAAUAUGGAGUUCGGUGGUAACAAUCGUUCUGGUCGAAGCUAAAAGCUUGUUGCCGAUGGAUAUAGAGGGUUUGUCCGAUCCCUACGUUAAAUUUCGCCUCGGUACGGAGAAAUACAAAUCAAAAGUGGUGAACAAGACAUUAAAUCCUGUGUGGCUCGAACAAUUCGAUCUUCAUCUUUAUGAGGACCCUUAUCUAGGACAGGAAUUGGAAGUGACAGUUUGGGAUCGUGAUAGAAGUCAUCAGGACGAUCUCAUGGGUAAAACCGUAAUAGAUUUAGCAACGUUGGAACGAGAAACUACUCAUCGAUUAUGGCGAGAUCUCGAGGAUGGUUCCGGAAGUAUUUUUCUUCUGUUAACAAUUAGUGGAACUACAGCGAGCGAAACCAUAAGCGAUUUAGCUGCACACGAAGAAACGCCUAGGGAGAGAACUAAUUUGAUACAAAGAUAUUCCUUAUUAAACACGUUGCAAAGACCCCGCGACGUUGGUCAUCUGACAGUGAAGAUAUAUCGAGCUCAAGGUCUCGCAGCAGCUGAUCUCGGUGGAAAGAGUGACCCUUUUUGCGUCCUGGAAUUGGUGAAUGCUAGAUUACAAACACAAACUGAAUAUAAAACAUUGGCUCCUAACUGGCAAAAGAUUUUCACUUUCAACGUAAAGGACAUAAAUUCGGUGCUAGAAGUAACCGUUUACGACGAAGACAGGGAUCACAAAGUUGAGUUUCUCGGUAAGGUCGCUAUUCCUUUGUUAAGGAUUCGUAAUGGAGAGAAAAGGUGGUACGCUCUGAAGGAUAAGAAGCUGAGAGGUCGUGCCAAGGGCAAUUCGCCACAGAUUCUUCUGGAAAUGACUGUAAUUUGGAACGUAUUCAGAGCUUGCAUCAGAACUUUAAAUCCUAAGGAAAAGAAGUAUAUGGAACCUGAGAUCAAGUUUAAGAGACAGGUUUUUUUGAGAAACGUACUUAGGCUCAAAGCUAUCAUUCUCUUCUUCAUCGAAAUGGGAAAGUAUAUACAGAGUUGCUGGGAGUGGGAAAGUAAACCAAGAAGUAUCAUUGCGCUGACCCUCUUCGUUCUUGGAUGUUACUAUUUCGAACCUUACAUGAUACCAGCAUUGGCGUUACUGAUUCUUCUGAAAUAUUACCUGCUUAACAAGGAGGAUGGGAGUGGAUUCAAUCAAUGGAUUUGCGGACAGGUCGCCGCAGUUACUGGUGCGUCUUUGACACAUCAAACGAGCCCGCACUUUCAAGAUACAUCGGACAUGAUGUCCGAUGAUGGACCGGUAACACCAGGUGACGAUGACGAUGACGAGGAUGAUAAAGACAAAGAAGAGAAAAAAAGUCUGAAGGAGCGGUUACAGGCGAUUCAGGAGGUUACCCAAACCGUACAGAAUUCAAUCGGUUACAUCGCCAGUCUUUGCGAGAGAAUAAAGAAUCUUUUUAAUUUUACAAUUCCUUACCUCAGUUAUUUGGCUAUGACCUUGACGAUAAUCGGUGCAGCUGUACUCUAUUACAUACCAGUAAGAUACCUUAUACUUGCCUGGGGCGUGAACAAAUUCUCGAGGAAAAUCUUCAGGCCACAUUCGGUGCCUAACAAUGAGGUACUAGAUUUGAUAUCUCGAGUACCUGACGACGAGGAGAUACUUAACUAUAGGGAACUGAAGCCAUUACCUACGGCUGAUUGCGAAAGAGGAGGAGGCUCGGGUGUUAGCGGUGGUAACACCGCGAAAAGGGAGCAACGGAAAAGACACAAAGCGGCGUAACAGAAUGGCCCGCGGCCGGAAGUCGCGGGUCCAAGGUCAUCCAGUAUAUUAAAGUCGGUACUCUUACGUAAAAGAUUGAAACAUCGAAAAGAAUCUACCGAUAAUCCGGAUCAAGUCGUCGACGUCGACUGAUCAACGACUGAUGAUCAACUGGAUGAAGAUUGAAAAGGAAGAAGCAUCGUCGUUUUUCCGUCGCGGAGACCGACCAAAGUACGUCUCUCUCUUUUUGAAGGUCGUUCCAGUGAACUUACUCGAUCGAUAACUGGGGCAAAAAUGGGGGUGGCAGGGGGAGGGAAUGAGAAAAAGAGAGAGAUAGAUAGAUAGAUAGGUAGAUAGGUAGAUAGAUGGAUAUAUAUAUGUGUAUGUAUAUAUAUAUAUAUAUAUAUAUAUAUAUAUAUAUACACUAUCUUCGUGAGAUAUAGCUGACGUGUUAAACGAUCUUGCUCGCAAAAAAAAAGAAAUAUCUAUCCUUUAGUAUUACGAAUAGAAUACGUUCUUUCAUUGGUCGGAAAUGUAAGAGAUGAGUCCAAAGAUAAGCUCCUUGCUUGAUAUCUCGCUAUUAUCGACUACAAUGCUUGCUGGUGUGUUAAUGAUUUAUACCCGACAAACCCAAGAUCCUCGUGAUGAUGUUAAAUCAUUCUCGUUGGUCAAUUUUUGUAUGACUAUUAUCUCUUUUCUUCAUUCACGAAGCAGAUCGUCGAUGAAAGUAAUUCCUGUUUCGUUUUAUUCGCAAAAUAAAUCGUUAUAGCGGUAAAAGAGAUUCCAAAUGUCAGCACAAACGGAAUACAUUAAUCGACGCGAUGAUAUCUAAACGAGUACAAAACUUUUUCCAAGAAAUAAUUAGCAUUUACAGAUGUGAUUUCUUAACAGAGAUCUCCUAUAUAAUUUCUCAACAUUUUAUUGAUACAUAUGAGAGUUAUGAAUGAUUUUUUACGAGUUGAGUGUUUCUGAUGCACACAGAUCCAUCACGUUUCAUAGAAAUUCUACGGUUUCUUUUUCACUUUCCAAAGUUAUCGGGAUUCGAUCGAUAUUAUAGAAAAAAGAAGAAAAGAAGAAAGAAAACGAAUAAAAAAAGAAUUUGGACGAACGACCAACAAUACGUAUUAUAUAACAUAUUUCAUAUUGAGAAAAAACAUCUCGUUGGGAUUAUUCUGUUAAAAAGUAAACAUGAUCUAUAAAAGAAGGAAAAGAAAAUUACAAGAAAGAAAAAUAUUAAAAAAAAAAAAAAAAAAAAGAAAAAAAGAAGAAAAAAGAAACAAAAAACAUUUAGAGAAAUAAUGAAUCGCCAAUACAUUUUGAUAUUAUCUCUCUGUAUUUUUGUGAUAGGAUUAUUCGUAAUAAGAAGAUUUACAAAUUCACGACUUUCUUCUCUUAAACUUUAAAUAUUAGAUCAACGGGUAAAGAAAAUUACACAAAUGUGUAAAUCGUCUAUUCUUAUCGACGAAGAUCCUUCUGCGAAUCAAAUUGUCUCGAGAACUAUUUGAGGAACUUUUUCGACGGGAUCUCUUUGAAAGUAUCUCCUAUGGAAAAUAGAUCGCAUUUCGUGAGAAUAUCGAUAAAAAUAAAAAAAUAUAAAUAUAUAUAUAUAUAUAGGAAAUUUAAUAAAAUUUCGACUAAAACCAAAUAUUAGUUAUAAAUAACAAAUGAUAUAAACGAAUGCGAAGGUUCACUUUCUUAGAUGAACAAACGUCGAUCGUUUCGUCCAUUGGUGUUGUUAUAGCUUAGCCAUUGAAAUUGUUAACGUGUAAUGAAAACGAUUAGAAUGCGUGAGAGUGAGAGAGAAAGCGAGAGAAAAAGUUACAUAGCUAAAUAAUAAAAAAAAAAAAGAAAAAAAAGGAGAGAAAGAAAGAAGAGAAUAAAUUAAAUUAUAAAAAGAUAUAUAGAAAUAUGUUAAACAGAAUGGGCAGGAGAAAAGAUGCGAAAGAGUAAAGCUACGACAAAGAAAAAAAAAAAAAGAAGAAGAAAA